GCUGGCUAACGAGCGUCGGUCACCAGAAUGCGAUAAAACUUAGGUUAAGAACGUAGUAGACUCCAGUGACUUUGAGCGGCGAUGCUGAAGUCUCUGUACGUUUAAUUAAUUGAGAUGCAGCUAAAAACAUGAACCGUCAAUCAUCAAUCUGAAUUUGUCGUGUACCUGACUGCCUUAGGGAAUCACUAGCAAGAAACAGCCCAGCCCAGGAAGCCCAGGCAGAAAAGACUACGCGGAUAGUACUCUCAGCAAUUUUUAAUAAAGUCCUUAUAAUAUUCGACUUCUAUCUUUCCAUUUAAAAGACGAAGCGCUACCUUUCCCCCCAUACGUAUCCUCCUGCAUACUUCGGUCAUCUUCGUUCUAUUCCAUAAUGGCUUCAUCCGAUGGAGGCGCUGACCUAAAGCUGAUCUCCUCAAUACGUUAUAAGAUCGCCAGUGUCUCCACCGAUGAGAAGAAACUCAGUGAUGCCCUUCACUCACAACUUGUUCCCCUCCUUGAAAGGGCGGGUAGUCAGCAUAAAGCUGUAAGAGAUGUUGCAUUUCAAGGGUUCAUAAAUGUCAACAAUUUCGUCAAGCCUGCAGGCGUCGUCUUACCCGUCGCAGCUCUUGUCGAACAAUACAAAAGGACUAGCUCGCCUAUGGUCAAGCAGCUCGACCUAAGUCUUAUAAAACAAGGCAUUUUGAGACUUGGCCAGCAUGAGCGCCGAGAGCUACUUCCGCUGGUACUGCGAGGAAUCUCCAAGGAAACUAACUUAACCGGUGCCGCUGGAUUUUUCAACAUAUUUUUACGUCUGCUUUUGGAGAUUAAAAUCCCUGGGCGAGGCAGUAAUGAAGAUAUUGCCCUUCGAGAGCGAAUCGGCCUUUCGGAUGCGGGAGAUGCUAGCUACAUAUCACAGUGGCUUGGGAAACUGUUCCUCUUGAGACAGGAUUUGGCCUUGACGACUGACGAAGAACUCGAUGGGAAACUCCUCGUUUCACUAUCAGGCCUCACUCGUGAGGAUAUUACGUUCCUAAGGAACAACAGCCCUCAAACAUGGAAACCAGGUAGCCCAGUUAGUCUGAGCUUACCGGAAUGUAAAACUAAGGCUGCCAAUUUCUUAGCCAGUGGUGCAUUCACAGACGACGAGCGAUAUGUACCCAUGAUAUGCGCGGCUGGUUCCGCAGAUUCGCGAAUCACGUCGAUUGCUGACGAUGUCCUCAAACGGUCUAAUGUUGACCUUGAAAAUAGAGAUAUAAUUCGAUCACUUUACGACGCUCAUAAAAGGUUUCCGGCCGCCCAUCGGAUACAAGUUCUUAAGUUGCUCUCCAAAUCAGUCACCGCGUGCAAUUUUAAGCAAGAUAUGCUAGAAGCAGUUAAGCAGGAUUUCAGUAUUGUAUCUGGCGAUGAUGCAUCUGCCCUCGGUCUCGAAGGAUUGCGGCUUAGCAAAGCAUUAUUGGCAUUUCUGGGCUGGGUUGCUCGAAACAAAUCCGUUUCUAGGGACACCAGUGAUGAUAUUGGGCCGCCCCUCGUUCUUAUGCUAAAGGACUACAUUCUGAAACAAGGAUGGCCGGAACCCACACCUCGAGGAAAGCAGUCGCAAGCUCAAGACGAACAGAGACUACGAGCCAAUGCGUAUGAAACCAUUGGUACCCUCGCAAGGGGGGGCCAUUUCGAGUAUAAGGCGAAAGAUUUGCUGCUGAAGUGGCUCUUUGAUUCCCUAGUCUCUGACCCCAGCCCGGAUAUUGUGGUCUAUAUCGAAAGUUCCUUGUCAAGCAUGAUGGGCCUUUUCAAGCCAACAAACCCAACGGAGAUACGAGAUCUGGAAAUAUUGCUCUUAGAAUAUAUGACUUUACCCCAAGGGCAAGGAAGAAGAACGGCACGGCACGUCGCAGCGCGCUUUGCGAAUAACUGUCUUCCUUACAGCAACAUUCAAGCUCGAUGGAUCGAUAUUCUCGCCUUAGGUGGUGGGACUUCUGAACGACGGGAUGUGCUCGAAGAAGGACAACGGGGGCUCGAUCCGUGGUGGGCUACUAAAUUCCAUCCUGAGAGUGCAUUAAUCCUGCCUGAUUGGACGAAAUUGACAGAGAUGCUUUUCAACACCGACCGUGAAACCGAUGGAAGCCGUAUGGAUGUCGAUCAGACAUCGAAAUACACGUUAUUUCCUAACAAUAUUCUUCGAGCUUUCCCAAUAGCAUUACAAUAUGUUAAGCAGAUCAUAUUCCUCACUGCACUAGGCGAGGACAAGUUUGAGGUAGAUUGGGAGUCACAACUAGAGCGAAAGCUGCAAAAUGAUCUGGAGAGCCGCAACCAGAUUAGAGAAUAUCUUGCGGUCGCAAACGUGGAAUCUCUAUUGAAAAUCCUCAAUGCAGCUUUUGAUGGGCUUCGAGAUCAUCCCGACCUUGGCAUCGAGGAGCAUAUUGGGUGUCUUGCCGAGAUAUUAUCGUUCGCACCCUCAACAACUGUUAUAUCCACAUUGUCUGCAAGAACCCAAGAACUGCUCCCCAUAAUCAAGUCCAAUAACCUGAAAGUUAGGCAGUUGGCGUCGAAAGUCUUCGGUAUACUAGUGCCAUGGAGCAGUCAGUCUGCCGCCCUAAUUUCUCGUCUACGGGAUUUUAUCACGUCAUGCCCGGAGCCCUCUGCUUCUCAGUCUGCUGAGUAUCAAGGUUCGCUUCUUUGCCUUGGUAGCUAUUUUUCCCGUGCCGCUUACUAUGGCAAGAUCAAGCCCGACGAUGUAUCCGAGCAUGCCCAAUUUAUCUACCAAAGGCUGAUAUCGUCAUUGCGAAAGGGGAGCGCAGAUAUCCUAAACUCUACUCUGGAAUGCAUCUCGCAACUUUGGACUGUGAAUAUUUACUUCCCCCAGAAGGACCAGGAUCUUACGGAGACAAUUGACGCAUUAGCCAAGCUCUCGCUUUCAGGAAAUGAAAAAGCGAUUAGUACCUUGGGAAAGCUAGCAAUUCCUUCGUCGGCUGACCUCUCGGGCGAUGAGACAGAGCCGGUAGCAAAGAUCCUGGAUAAAUUAUUCGCGUUAUCUGAUAUCAAGCGAACGGAAGUACAUUUCACAACCGGCGAGGCAAUUGCAUGUGCAAUCGCUCGUUGGGAUUCCCAAGCCGUACAACUCGGGUUGGAUGUGGAACCUUCUGGAUCAGGUAAAUCCGACAUCGUCGACGGCCUCGGAAAGCGACCUCUUAGAAUUGACGCCACAAUAAGUAAACUCAUUGAUGGCUGCAAAACCACCAAGCCUUCCGUUCUGAAAUCGUCGGGUAUAUGGCUUUUCUGCAUUAUCCAAUAUUGCUCAAACCUUCCUGAGAUCCAAUCUCGUCUGCGCCAGUGCCAGGUUGCUUUCAUGAGACUGCUUUCUGCCCGAGAUGAACUUGUCCAAGAAACGGCCUCGCGUGGACUUGCUCUGGUGUAUGAAAAAGGAGACCCAUCUCUCAAGACAGAGCUUGUGAAGGAUUUGGUGUCCAGUUUCACCGGGACUAAAACACAGUUGAAGGUCGACGAAGAUACCGAACUGUUCGACGCUGGCGCCUUGCCAACCGGAGAGGGAAAGUCGAUCACAUCUUACAAGGACAUCGUUAGUCUUGCUAACGAAGUUGGCGAUCAAAGUUUGAUAUAUAAAUUCAUGGCUUUAGCCACGAAUGCCGCGACGUGGACUGCUCGUUCCGCUUUUGGUCGCUUUGGAUUAAGCAAUAUUCUCUCAGACGCGGAGUUAGAUCCAAAGAUUUAUCCAAAGCUGUAUCGGUACCGGUUUGAUCCAAAUUCCAACGUGCAAAGAUCAAUGGAAGAUAUUUGGAAAGCGGUUGUCAAAGACCAGACAGCGACGACCGAUAAAUACUUCGAUGCCAUAAUGGAGGACCUGUUAAAAAGUAUAUUAGACGGAAGGGAAUGGCGUGUACGAGAGGCAAGCUGCGCGGCGAUUGCCGAACUCAUAUAUGGACAGCCAUUUACCAAGUACGAAAAGUACUACGCUGAGAUCUGGAAGCUCGCAUUUAGAGUCCUAGACGACAAGAAAGAAUCUGUCAGGACCGCUGCCCUGAAACUAUGCAUGGGACUAUCGAAGACGCUUGUCACUCAGCUCCAGGAGAACAACUCUUCCGCUUCAGCCAGAGCCAUGAUGGCUCAGGUUCUCCCGUUCUUGUUGUCUGACAAGGGAGUCGAGAAUUCUGUCAAGGAAAUCAAGUAUUUCUGCAUCAAAAUCGUCUUAGAUGUUGUCAAAAACGGAGGUGAUGCAUUGAAGCCAUUUAUUCCGGCUAUCAUCACACAUUUCCUUGGUUUACUAAGUACGGUAGAGCCAGACGAGGUCAAUUUCGCGUACCAACGAUUUAGUGAAGAAGAUCGCGAAAGCCUGGACAAGCUACGAGGCACAUUUGCUACCCGAUCGCCCAUGUUCGAAUGCAUCGUUGAUUGUUUGCGGUUUGUUGACGAGGACGCCAUGAAGGAACUCGCCCCUCAGCUAGUCUCAACUAUCAAAUCGGCUAUUGGAAUGCAAACCAAGAUCGGUUGCGCCGAACUUCUCAGUACUCUGGCACUUCGACAUAGCAUCCUGCUACCUCCGUAUAAUGCGCAGUUUCUAAAGACAAUGGAGACGCAGAUCCUGGAUAGGAAUCAUGAAGUGAACAAGGCGUAUGCCAGAAGUUCUGCAUAUCUGCUGAGAUCGGCGACCCUGGAGUCUCGAGACCGAUUUACAUCGCGACUUGUAGACUUGUAUUUUGGAGCCGAGGAUGAUACUCGGCGGCAGAAGGUUGCUGAUGUUGUUCUAGCCAUAGCGAAGGUCUCCCCUGAUGCGUUUUCCGACCUCGAGGCCCGUCUCUUGCCUUUCUCAUACUUAGCCAAACAUGACACCGAUGACUACGUAUCUGAGGAAUUUGAAGCUGUCUGGAAUCAACAUGCGGGUGGAAGCCAUAGUGUUAAACGUUUCGUCGAUGAGAUUACACAGUUUGCGCUGAAAGGCCUCGAUACGUCGAAGUGGGCUCUUCAACACGGUGGUGCUAUAACUGUGGCGUCUAUGAUCACUGCACUCAGCAGUGCCGCCGGGAAAGACGGUCAAUUCGCCGACGCGGACCUACAGAAAAUCUGGCCUGCGCUAGAAAAGGCUCUAUCGCUCAAAACAUUUAGCGGCAAAGAGAAAGUAGUGACGGCAUAUCCUCUCUUCGUACUCCACGGCAAGAAAUUUUGGAGCACGGAUUCAGCUCUCGCAACGCAACUGAAGAAGAUAGCUAUCCGCGAAGCGAAACGAAAUAAUGAUACAUAUCGCCCUCAUGCAUUCCAAGCCCUCGCGGAGUUUGCUCGCGCCCGAGAGGAUUUAUAUAUGUAUGCGGAGGUAGUUGGCAUCGUGUCAAAUUACUUGAAACCUGACGAAGCACACAAGGUUACGGAAUUGGAGCAAAAGACAACGGAUGCAGCACUCAAAGCUACCCUGACAGCCUACAAUCGUCGACAAAUGCGGGAAACACCGCUUGCUGUGCUGGAUACUAUAGUGACUACUGUAGAAGGAGUAAAGGCAGCAAUUUCGUUAGCUAGAGAUACGUGGUUCACCAGCGCCGCUGAUAUCUUGAACCAGGCCGCAGCUUCUGAAGGUUCUCCGGGUUCUUCAGCCGGUACGGUGGCUACUCGAUGGUUCAGACUGCUAGUAGCAGAUGAGAGCAACGCAAUCCUUGAAAAUCAACGAUCCAACCGCGCAAAAGCACUCGGAGCUUUCGCGAAGGCAUUAAAGAAGGGCGUCUUUGGCGCAGUUAGCGAGCAGGGGCCGUUGCUUGACGAGAUGGAGAAGAAGUUGAAGUCCAUGACAGAAGCGGAAAGGUCGUUAGAUGUGCAGAAGCUUCUAGAGCAUGUCGCUCAACAGCUUGCUGUCUAAGAGAUGAGAUGUUCUAGGAGAUGUGAGGAAAUGUAGUUGUGUGUAAGCGAUGAGUUAGGGAUAAGACACCGAAUAGAAUUUUUCUUUGAUUUCUUUCUUGGUAUGAUCUGUUUGGUAAUACGUAAUGCCUAUGAGAAGAAAUAAUCAUCUGU